ACUUUUGUGUGCUAGAUUUCCAGCAUCGCUCUUCUCCGUGUCUCUUAUCAGUCGAAAAUGUGCAAUAGAGGUGUAAUCAGUGCUUGUUGAUAUUUGCACGGUGUUUUUUGAGAUUCCGCCGAGUGUAUUGUGUGCUGAAUAUCGCAAAAAGUGCGCAAAUAAUGCGGAAAUUUCAUCUCAAAUUCCCAUCAAAGUAACCUUUCGUCGCGUCAGCCAAAAUCUCCCCGAGAUUUUGGUUUCUAGGUCGAGUUUUCCACCUCCGCUCAGCAGUCGCUGGAUAGUGACCCGAUUUACGUAAUGCCCUGCCGCGGGAGCGUGCCGCGGUGGCACUUCUACGUGGUCUUCACGGCGCUCAGUCUCGCCGCCGGACUCGUCCUUGGCGACAUCGAGCCGCACGACGAAGUCACUGAGUCAGCGAAUGUGAACUUCCCCAGUCCGGAUGGCACGGCGCCCGACGGCAGCAGCUCGACGCUCCCGGCGGAGCUGGGCUUCUGGCACGCGUUCCUGGCCUCAAUAUCUGUGAUACUCGUGUCCGAGCUCGGAGACAAGACCUUCUUCAUCGCCGCCAUCAUGGCGAUGCGGCAUCCCCGCCUCACAGUAUUCGCCGGCGCGAUCUCGGCGCUCGCGCUGAUGACCGUCCUGUCCGCGGUGUUCGGCAUGGCCGCCACCAUCAUCCCGCGCGUGUACACGUACUACAUCUCCACGGCGCUCUUCGCCAUCUUCGGGCUGAAGAUGCUCAAGGACGGCUACUACAUGUCGGCGUCGGACGCGCAGGAGGAGCUCGAGGAGGUGCAGUCGGAUCUGCGGAAGCGCGAGGACGAGCUCAUUCGCUCCAUGAACACGGAGCAGCGACAAUCGCCGGCCGUGUCGCUCCACUCAAUUCACAGCGGCCCCGAUGAUCUCGAGCUGCGCCCCAUGGACGGCCAGACGACGCUCUCGGGCUCGCGGCAGUCGGUGAAUAGCGCCGGCGCGCCGUCGAUUCACAGCCAGGAGAAUGGCGUGGAGUUGCGCCAGUUGAACAAUCACUCAGAGGGCGCGCCGCAGGCCAAGAGCGCCGCCACGAGUCCACGGUUUGAGAAGGAGACCAGCACAAUGCUGAUCUCGCAGGACCCGGAAUCGGGCGCCGUGAGGAAGACCAAGGCGCGCAGCAUAGCGUACGUGGUGUCCAGGAUCUUCAUGCAGGCUUUCACGAUGACCUUCCUGGCCGAGUGGGGCGACAGAUCUCAGCUCACGACGAUCAUUCUGGGUGCUCGAGAGGAUGUUUAUGGCGUUGUGGUGGGCGGAAUCCUGGGUCACUGCAUCUGCACGGGUCUGGCCGUGAUCGGUGGGCGCAUGAUCGCUCAGAGGAUCUCCGUGAGGACAGUGACGCUGAUCGGCGGCGUGGUUUUCCUCCUGUUCGCCUUCAGCGCGCUGUUCUUCAAUCCCAACUCAGAGGAGAAUUGAUGUGUGUUUGUGUGACGGCCAGAGUGCUGUCAGACUGUAAAUUAAUUGCGAGGCGAAAGAGAGAGAGAGAGUAAUUAAAACAUAUAUUUUAGACAAAUAUGAGAAGAUAAUAAUAAAUGUGUAAGAAA